UUACUAUUUUUUUCCUGGUAAUUUUCUCUUGGAAUGUGAUUGCUCAGUUUGACUGGCAAAUUCGGGAUGGAUUUGACGAAAUUACUUCUCGCAUGUCAAAGGUAGGAGCAGAUAAUUGCAAAGUCGUGGACCGAAAUGCCUUGUUUUUGCCCAAAGACUCCGUCACUCAUGUUCCAAAUAUUCGACAAAUCGGCAUCGAUCCUGUCUUGCCGAAUCGAACAAGUCUUCUUCAAAUUCACAACAUGGCCAUGUCAAGAGCGUUCUUUUACAGCUUUAUCCUGCAGAGGGCUGCCGAUGAGAAUGAGCCAGGAUUCAUGUACUAUUUUCUAUCCUCCAUCUCUGAUGUUGCAGCAAAUCGUUUCAUCAAUGGCAGCGCCAUCUAUUUUUCACCAAACAUGUCCUUCACACCCUCUUAUAAGGGAUUUUUCAACAAGACCAUGGCUUUGUUUGCACCACGUGCAUUCAGAUCUGAUGAUUUCAAUGAUCCCUUCCACUUGGAACGCAUAUCUACACUGAACACAAUUGAAGCAAUUGAUCUAGGAGCGGUUCCCAACAAUUCCAUGAGCAUGAACUACACCCACCCGCACUACAAGAUCAAUGAAUGGUAUUAUGCCUGGUUGCCUGAUAAGACCCGUAGGCAAGAUUCCAAAACCACAUACUCUGUCCAGAUCACGUAUGCCAACAAUACCAACGAAACGUUUGUAUGGCAUGGACCCCCAGCCGCCUCUGACCUCCCAGGUCCAGUGAAAUGGUUUCAACCGUACUUCGACUGUGAGCGCUCCAACAAGUGGGUGUUUGGGGCAGCUGUGCCCAUUCCUGACAUCUAUCCUAGGCACACCCAGUGGAGGCACAUUGAAAUACCAACGUAUGUGGCAGUUGCUGUGAUGGAGUUGGAUUUUGACCGUAUUGACAUCAACCAGUGUCCCACUGGGGAAGGAAAUCCACCUCCUAACCGGUAUGCAGGAACCGCUCGGUGCAAGAAUAAGACUACUGAGUGUGAGCCUAUCCACGGCUAUGGUUUUCGCAGGGGUGGAUACCAGUGCCGAUGUCUCCCUGGCUUCAGACUACCUGAGGUUAUUCGCAACCCUUUCCCUGGGGAAGUGAUUGAGAGGGCGCCUUUUGAUUUCUACAGGAAAGGAUUUCAUUGUAAAAAGAUUGACUACAUGAUGGUCCUGACCCAGAACGUGGAGCGUCUCUCAGAAGCAGAGCGUUGGAAGCACAUCAGCAGGCAGUCCAUGUUCUUCAAUGUGGGGAACAUGAAUGGCAGCCGAAUAGACCCUCUUGCAGUGGUUGACUAUGUGCGCUCUGGGGUGACCAAAUUCAACUGUGAGGAUAUCAUGAGAAAAAACCCCGACCAUCUGUUUUUGCGUGGGGAUGUCGCCUAUGGGAAAGAAGUCCAGCUUGAGAAUGAAGCCCGAAUGGCUCUGCGCCUGGCCAACUUUAUUUCUUCCUUCUUACAGAUUGUGGAUCCCAAUGACUUGUUUGCCGAAUUCCGCGUCCCAGACAAACCUCUUACCGAAGACCAGAUUAUAGGAGAAGUUCUGUCAACGGUGAUCGGCAAUGAGAAAAUCCAAGGAUGUGGAGCCUACUUUGAUCGCAACCAGUUCAUCAACCGUACACUUUUUGCACCAUAUGCCUACCGCAAGGAACGAAACACACAGAGUUUCUUUGUUGAGGACUUGGCUCGACACAAGAAUAAAAAUUAUCUUCGCAACGAGUGGUUCCAAGCAUUGAAGGUACAAUGGGCUGCAAAUACUGAUGAUCUCGAGACCUACACCACCAAAAUCCAAAUUCGUUAUAACCAGUCCGGACUCUACCCCAUUCGGUACGACAGGUACCCAUUGCAAUACAGGGCCGCUGAGAUGCGGCAUGGAUAUUGGUCUGCUCCCUUUUUUGAUUGUGGAGGUUUCCACAAUCAAUGGCUUAUCACUUAUGCCGCUCCAUUUUUCGGAUGGGACAAGAUCAAGAGCCGAUUGGAGUUUAAGGGAGCCAUUGCUGUGAACAUGAAGCUAGAGGAGUUGGACAUCAAUCAAUGUGAUGAUGAGUAUUAUGUCCAGAAUGCUUUCAAGGGGACCCAUAAAUGUGACAGGAGGUCAUCUAGAUGUGUGCCCAUCCUUGGUCGUGGUUUUGACACUGGAGGCUACAAAUGCCAAUGCAAUCAAGGCUAUGAGUACCCCUUUAAUGAUUACAUCACCUACUUCGAUGGCCAGAUCAACGAAGCAGAGUUUGAAAAGCUGCUCAAAAACUUCCCCAGUCGAUUUGAUACUCUCAAGUGUCGUAUUGCAGGGGCAGCAGCUCUGGUGGGCAGUCUCUCGACCAUGCUGGUGCUCAUUCUGGUGCAGCGGGCUGUCCUCGCAUGGAGUUGAAUGAAGGGCAUGAAGUCUCUUAGCUUUAAAUAGAUUUUUAUUUAAACAUCCAGUUAUUUUGAUUGAAAACCAGAGCUGAUUUAUGUUUUUUUUCUUUUGAGGACAGAGAACAUGCGUCCAUUACCCUGAAUGUAUGUAAUCUGGCAUUCGAUUGCAUGCCCAUGAGCAAUAGUUUCUGGAUGUUCUUUGUUUAUUCCUAUUUGUUUUUAACUUAUAGCAUGGAUUUGCUCUUUCCUGAGCUCCCGAAUAGACAAGCCUAUAUAUGCAAGGUUAUAAAAAAAAAUUAAAUCAAUUUUUAAAAAUACUUGGGAUGAAAACAAAUUGAGAAAGGUUGUUGGAAUGAAUAUGAAAAUGAAUUAUGUGAUCAGUCACUUACAUUUUGACUUCAAGUUCAAUCACCUCAUAUAAUUCAUGUUUUACGAAUUAAAAUGGACUCAUUUUUGAGAAGUAUUUGAAAUUGAUUUGGGGAUUUAAGAAAUCAAAAAACAGUAAUAUGAUUACCCCCAAAAAGUUUUAUUGGAAAUUAAUUAAGUGCAUUUUAGUUUCUACCUUUGAAGUUCAAAAUAAUAAUAAUAAUAAAAUAGAAAGUUGCCAAUUGUCUUACUUUUGGAGUACAGAAAGUAAGGUGAAAAGAGACAACUUAAAAUUGAAGGAAUUCUUCUUUCUAUUUUUAAGAAGAGCUUUCAAUUGUUCCACUUCUUGGAGAAACAAGUAAAAAUUCCCUUUGUGGAAAGUUGUAUUGUUAAAAAAUAUAUGUUUGAUUUUAAUACAGAAGUUGUCAAGCUGCAGUUUGUGCUGUUCUAGUAUUAUUUUAUGACUUCUUCAACCAAUAAUUAUAGCAAAGUUGGAAACUGAUGGUUUGCUUUGAUUCGGUUGCUUGUGUGUGCAUCUAUGUGUGUGUGGUGUGUGUGUUUCCUUAUAAAUUGAUAUUUAUAAAUUAAAAACUUUUUUUUAAAUGUCCUCUUAUAUUCUCCAUCCUUGAAUUCCGGUGUUGGGUAAAUUUAGAGAAGUAUAUUUAUUGGAAUCGUUAAAAUAAUGUUACAUGUUAAAUGUGUACAAAAUGGUUGUUCCAUUAAGAAUAAUAAUGCUUAAUUGUGUUUUUAUUGUUAAUCAUUAUGCAUUGUCUUCAUUGUUAAGUAUGAGUUUGCAUUUAACUGUUUUUCUGUUAUAAAAAGCAAUUUUACCAUUUUAGCACUAUAUCAUCAUUCCAUGAGUAAAAUGAAUAAUGAAACUAGUAAAACACAAAUCAUCAAAAAAAAAAAAAAUCUAUUUUUAUUUAUUUAAAAAUGAUUAGUGCUUUACUUACUUGAAUUAUUCAGUUCAUUCAUAUUUUAACACAAAAAUGUUUUGAUCACUUAUGAUAUAACAUUCCAUUUUUAUACCAAAUGGCAAAGCAACUCAGAUUUUAAAAACAAUAUUUUAUGUUUGUGCAAUUCAUGUCUUUAAAUCUGUUCUAUUCUAUUAAUUUGUACAAUUUAUGUUAGCAUAUUUUGAAUCAAGAGAGCGAGCAAUUUUUCUUACAAUGUAUUUUAUGAACAGUAGUGUAAUCCAAUGAAAAAUAUUAUAGUCAGCCCAUUUUUUUUAAUCACGUGAGUUGACAUACCAUGAACUUUUCUGAGUUGUUGGUUUUAUAAACACUCAGUUUUAACAAGCCUGUUGUUUUUGUUUUUUUUUUCAUAUUCUCUGUCUAUGUGUUUAACUAUCAUAAAAUGUUAAUGCAACAGUGUUGCUUGAAACAUUUUACUUGCAUUUAUAUGGUUUUUAUUUUUUGUAGAAUCAUUUUUUUGUGCUAUGAUCUGAUUCAUGAUGCAUCAUUCAUCCCAUAAAAGCAUUCCAAUCUCAGGCACUGUUGUGCAUCAGUUUUCAACAAAAAAGUAAAAGCCUUUACUUAUUUUCACAAGUAAAUAGUCUAAAUUCCAUCUGAUGCAAAAAUUCACAUGAAAUUGAAACAAAGUACUGGCACUAUGCUACCAUGAGCUCAAAUUAAAACCUGCUUUAGUGCUUUGUUGUCUUAAGAACCAACAUCAUUCAGUAGGUUUACAGUAAAUAGUUUGCCACCGUUGCCAGUCAAUGGUUCCUACAUCUUUCAAUAGUAUAUAUACUAAAGUUAUUAUUUUAAGCAUACAAAAUAUAUGCAUUUACUGUUGGUUUUUAUUAGCUGAGACCUAGCACUGAUUUGCGGAUGCAGGUCUGCUCUGAUUUUAUCAAAAUAGGGAGGGAAACCUGGAAGUAAAAGGUGCAAAGUAACGUGUUUAGCUGUUCUUCUAAUGUAGCGUUGAAAAAGACAGAGAUAGAGAGUGCGAUCAGAAGGUGCCCAUCCUCAACCUAGCGCUCCUUUUUGAAAUGGAAUCUGUCCUGUUAGUCUUUGCUUUCAAGAACGGACAGUAGACCCCAAGUAAGUUAAUCAUAAUGAAGUUAAAUUCAAUAUAAAAAAUAGCGUUGAGGUAUGUUGGCUUCUGUGAAGAACUACAUGGUAGAUGCAGCUAAGUACUAAUCUAUUGUUUUUGCGAACAUUCUACCAUAGAGUCCCAAUGCUAUAUUAAUGAGCUAAAAAUAAAGUUUUAAAUUUUCAGUACUCAUUGGAGUAUUUGUUUUCCUCAAAACUAAUGAAAAAUACAUUCCAUUUUUUUUUUUCUGUUUUAAUUUUUGAUGCAUUGAAAAAGUAAAUACAGAAAUUGCUGCAUAUGAAUUUUCCCAAGGGUUAAUGAGAACUUUUGAGAACUCCUGAGAACUUUUCAUGACUAAACAUGCUCCAAGGGAUAAUUAUUACCCUGGGUCUAUUUAUAGAUGCAUGCUCAUUUUUGUUGCAAUUGAUAUACAGGGUGUUCCGUUUUGACCUGCAAGACCUUUAUUUUUGCAACCGUUAGUUCAAGAUGUAUACUUCCAAUUGCAAAAAUGUUCAAAAUCAGAUGCAGAGUUAAGAUAUUAAAAGCUUGAAGUAAAAAUAAAAAUAAAUCAAAAAAUACAAAUUUUAGCUUUUUAUAUGGGCUCCAGGUCCCCUGACUUUUAUUUAGAGAAAUAAUCUCCAUUGAAAAAUAAUUCAAACACAAAAAGUUUGAAAUUAGUAUGACCAAUAUUCACUGAGAUAUGAAAUGCAACAUUUUGUGACUUACACCACUUUUCACUCACCGUCAACACCUUUUGGGAGAAAAUAUAGCGGUUAACAAGUGUUUAAAAUUAUAUGUAUGUAUAGAGUGGUUUUUCAAAUCGUUCGAGGUUUUGUAGUGUGUUUUUGCGUAUAACGGCAUAACAUUUGCAUUUAUUUUUGAACAGCAAUGAAAAAUAUUGACACCUUGUUUUUCUUACUUUGACAACCUGCCAUUAUUUUGAAAGGGCGAUACAUUCCAAUCUCAUCUUCUGUAUGGUCCCUUAAAAUUUUAAGCUGGAAUAUCUCCUUGAAUUUUGGUAGCACAAAUGUUAAGUUUUUUGUGUCGGUAAUAGUUUUCAAUGGAGGUUAUUUCUCUAAAUAUUAGUUAGGGGAUCUAGGGCCCGUAUAAAAAGUUAAAUUUUGUAUUUUUUGACUCAUUUUUAUUCUUGCUUCAUACUUUCAAUAUCAACUCAUCAUCUGAUUUUGAACAUUUUUGCAUUUGGAAGUACAGUUAACCCUUGUUUAUUGCGGUUAAUUCGUUCCCGGCUUUACCGCGAUAACUGAAUUUCUGCAAAGUAGGAUUCUGUAUUUAUAAACCAAAUAUUUUCCUAACUAGAGCGCAUAAACUUAAUUAGGACACUUUAAAUAUGUUUUUAACAGUUUGAGCCCUCUAGACACGAAACAGCACCCUUAGCCACCAUUACAUUUGCAUUACUAAAUAUAUUACACAAAAUAUGAGAAAAUGAGAUACAUUAGAUGUAAUAUAUAUCACGUAGUUAUUAUUGGGAAAUAAAGCUACAUACACACAUGUCCCCGUUCUUCUACAUUUAUCCUCAUUAAAGGUAUUCCGCAUACAACUUAAAAAGUUAGUACACUGUUGAACACCAUUUACAGAUUUAUUUAUCCUCUAGUGAUUUAUACUUUCCUGUUAUAGUGUUUAACGGUUAAAAUGAAAUAAUGAUUCGCUACACUUUCUUGGGUGAUUUUAUACCUACACUCCCUCAACUAGUACAACUACAGCCCCUCAGAAGAGCUUACCUUACUUCAAAGACAGACUUUGUUAUUCUUUUGUAGGAAAAAGUUUAUACGAAAGCAUAAAAACGGCUAAUUACUAUAUUUGAAAAAAAAAAAUGAAAAAACCGCAAUGUAGUGAAGCCGAAAAAAUCGAAGCACGAAGUAGCGAGGGACGACUGUAUACAUCUAGGUCUAACAGUUGUGAAAAUA